GCCGCCCAAGGUGCGUGUGCACUUCCGUUUGCUUCCGCUUUCCACGUUCCCCGUUCCACGUUGCACGGACAGACGGAUACUAUAAAAAGAGCCAGCUCCUCCCCAUGGACAGGCAAACGGUCGACAGUCGCCAUGUCCACAACAAUAAGAGUAGCGCUGCUCUGCUUUCUGUUGCAUCUGGUGGGCGCUGCGGCUGCAGCUGACACUUCCGGCCAGCAGCUGCUCCUCGCGCGUCCUCAGCGCAGCUCCCUCUUCGCGGAGUCGCCUCCGUUGGAUCCGUUCGCUUCCUUCGGCUCCAUUGGCCACCUGGCGGCCAGCUCGCCCGGCUGGAACAGCGUGACGCCGAUUGGCGGGGAGUGGGCCUACAAUCCGAUUGGCCUGGGCCACAUGAGCAAGGAUGAGCUGGUGACGCUGCUGGAAGCCUGGCGAGAGGUGGAACAGGAAGCGGCCACCAGCCCAGCGCCGGAGGAAACCACCACGAAGCCAGCACCACCACCACCACCGCCACCAACCGUGCGUCCCCGUCCACCUCUUCCUCCUCCACCGCCGCCGCCGCCACGUCCAGUGGUGCUGGCGCCUGCUCCCAAUCCGCUGCCUCCCGGCACUCCGGUCACCGUUCGUCUCCCCGCCUUUGUGCCAGUCCGGCUGGCGGCCAUGUUCACGCCUCCCGCGGCCGUUGCUCCUGCAGCUGCUGCUGCUGCUCCCGGGGAUGACCUGCUGGUCACUGACAAUCAGCCAGACGACGAUGCGAUGCCCCGCCUCUUUCGCUUCAUGCAGAUUACCCCCUCCGCCCGACGCCAGCAACAGCAGCAGUUUGUGGUGCGGAAUACGCUGGACAGCAUCGAGGCGGGCUCCUCGCCAGGAGCCAGGAAUCGCGUGAAGCCCAGCCCCAGGGCGGUCCCACAGCUAGAACCACAGCUAGCCCCACAGUCAGCCCCGCAGCUAGCUCCAGUGUCUGCCUUCCGUCCCAGAUUCGGAAUGCCGUCCCAUCUGUUCAACAGUCGCCUGGAGCUCGUGCCCUCGUCCCAGAUCAUCGGCGAUUGGCGGGAGUGAAGCGAACCAAAGAGGAGCCCAGAA